GGGUAUGUAAAUUCAUAUGUAGGCCUAUAAUAAAAUAUAACAAUGACUAAAGCGGUUUUUUAUAUACUAAAUUGUAUUACGCCGUCCAAGACAAGUGGUCUUUUAGACUGGCUGUUUACACUGGCCAAGUUUCCUUGUUUCUGCGGUACAUAUAUUUUCCCUCCCCAUGCGUUUGUUAUAUUCUUGGCUCUGCUUGGAGUUAUUGUCACGCUGGCUCAAAUAAGUUGUGUGCUGGUUGAUGGGGAAACCCUAUCAGAUCGAUUUCUUCCUCUACGGCCCGAAACAGAAACUCCAUUAAAGGAAACAACAGUCAGGGACUUCAAGCUGGUACUGACUGUAUUAGAGCUUGCGAUUUACGUCUGUCUCAUGGCUGGCUCUUAUCUGCACUCAAGCAUGUUGCUGAUGCCUUGGCUACUCAACAAACUGAUCCUUGUUACAGUAACAAUGCUGCUAACAUUCUUCAAGUUCUUCACUCAGAAGCCUAUGACUUUGUCCACCUUAAGAAUCAUUAGCUAUUUGACAGAGAUUCACAACUACUUGUAUGUCCUGUGUCUCUUUCACGAGAUAGUUAAACACUCAGGAGAAUCAGUUUGAAAUA